UUUAUUGUUACUUAGAAAAAGAAAAAAAAACAAGAAAAACUGAGGAAAAGAAAAGAAAAGGCGUAGGGUUUUUGUACUAAUGAAACAGGAGCUGCGAGACUCUGUCUUACGAUAAAUUUUGUUCUUUUGGGUUCGCUCAGUCAUCGCCAGUGGUUUACGGGUUUGCUUGAUCUGUAACUGGUCUGAAUCAGCAUCUUGAAGGAGCAUUUGACUCAAUCUUCUGUCUUAAAGUAGCUAAGUAGUGGUUCUGUAGUUUUCAUUAUGAUGUCAGAUUCGUGUCUCAGUUAGAGCAGUUUUUUUGAGGAUUGUGUUGUUGUUAUAAUGGAUAACCAAAGACAUCAGCAGCCUGGAUACGAGACUGUUCCUCAACCCUUUAUGCCUGAUCAAGCGGGUGCUCGUUUUCUACCUCCCAAUCCGAACGCUUCUGAUGUUAAACCCGUUCAUAACUACUCCAUACAGACAGGGGAGGAGUUUUCUCUCGAGUUUAUGCGUGACCGGGUGAUUAUUCCUCAGAGAUCUUCCAACACUAAUGGAGCUGCUGACAUGAACCCUAACAGCACAGGUUAUAUGGACCUUAGAAAUUUGCUAGGGAUAAGCCACGCAGGAUCAGACUGUGCUUCGGAUGUCUCCAGGCUCAGCGUUGCGGAGAAUGGCGCGAGGGAUUACGACAGAACAAACCACGAGUUUGGUAAUAAGCUUGGCCAUGUCCAGUCAGCGCCUCAAGCUUUGAUUAGUAAGGAUAGAAGUCUAGGAAAUUUACAUGGGUACGCAACUUCUUCAGGCUCUGGUAGUGUAACAGCGAAGGUGAAGAUUCUUUGCAGCUUUGGUGGGAAAAUACUCCCGCGCCCUGGUGAUUCGAAGCUUAGGUAUGUUGGAGGUGAGACGCACAUUAUUUCAGUAAGGAAGGACAUAUCUUGGCUGGCUCUGAAGCAGAAGAUCCUUGAGAUCUAUUACCAAACUCAUGUUGUGAAGUAUCAGCUUCCUGGUGAAGAUCUUGAUGCGUUGGUAUCUGUGUCUUGUGAAGAAGAUCUACAGAACAUGUUUGAAGAGUAUUAUGAGAUGGAAAGCCGUGGGGGCUCUCAAAAGCUUAGGAUGUUUCUCUUCUCCAUCAACGAUCUCGACGAUGAUGCUCUUUUGGGGGUUAAUAGAAAUGAUGGUGGUGACUCUGAGUUUCAGUAUGUUGUAGCUGUGAAUGGUAUGGACAUUGGAUCAGGAAUCCUUCAUGGGAGAGAUAGCUCUUCAGCAAACAACUUAGCUGAGCUUGAUGUGCGGAACAACGAGGGCAUCAAUAACAUUUCUGGAGAUGUUGUUGGAGUUAACGCACCGCAGUUGAUGGCGAAUGGCUUCCAACAGACCUCUGGUCAACAGUCAGAGUCUAUUCCACCAAGCUCAUCGCUUCAUUAUUCUCAAUCUAUUCCACCCAGUGCUGCAUAUCAGUUGCAGCAACCUCUCCCGCCAAGUUCUGCUCUUCAUUAUUCUCAGUCCAUUCACUCGAGUUCCUCUAUUCAGUAUCCACAAUCUAUUACUCCAGACUCCUCUUUUCAGUAUCCACAAUCCAUCACUACGGGGCCUGCCAGCUCCUAUGGAAUGUUCCCGCCGUAUUAUGGACACGUGGUUCAACAUGGAGAACAAGAGCGAUUUCCUUUGUAUGCUCACAAUUCUAACUACUCCGGUACCACUGAAACUACCGGUUCCAUACCAUUCCAAGGGCAUGUCAAUCAGCAAGGUGGCUGGGCUGAAGGGUAUUUGUGUUCUGGCACUACACCACAAAGCACGCAAGCCAUAGUAGAGGAGCAAAAGGUAUCACCUGAUACAAAAGUUCAUGAGCAUGCUGAGACUGAAAACCAUAAAACUUUGGCAAAGGAUCACCAGAGUCCUCCUCAUUUAGAUGACGUUGAGGUGAAGAAUCACAAUCAGGUCCGUGAUGUGUCAGCAGCAACAACUAAACCUAACCAGGAGGCACAUUUACUUCCCCCUCGAGGAGACACACGGCAGAACGCUCCUGCAAAGCCUGUUACUUACCGUGAUGCUGUCAUUGCUGGGCAGGUUCCUCCAUCUGGUAAUGAAGAUCAGCUUUCAAAUUCAAGUGGUACGUGUGGUCCUGUUCAUAACGACUCUGAGUCAAAUCUAAUUGAUCUGAACUAUCCGGAGCCUGUGCAGCCUCCAGCGAGGGUAUAUCGCUCAGAGAGAAUACCUCGCGAACAGUUAGAAUUGCUAAAUCGUUUGUCGAAAUCUGAUGACUCGCUAGGCUCUCAGUUCCUAAUGUCUCAGUCACAAACGAGCAAUGCACAGCAAGAUGGAGCAAAAGAAGCAGUUGGACAGUCACAUGAAGAUUCCCAAACUGUUAAUGGUGAUGCUACCCACCAGAAGCAUAAAAAUGUUGAGACAAUCUUUGGAAAAGUGGGGCUAUCAUCAGAUGAUACGUUGGACUCCGAGCACCUACGUAAAAUUGCAAAUCCUGAUGAUGCAAACAAGAACAGAGUAGUCAAUGGGACAGAUACUGAGAUUGAUGUUUCCAACUCGAGCAAUGUAAACGCAGGCAGGGGUCAUGUUAUCUCUGAAGAGCAAGCUUCCACUUGCCGUUCUGAUUCGCUGCAGGGAGACAUUCUGAUCGAUAUUAAUGACCGGUUUCCUCGUGAUUUCCUUUGUGAAAUAUUUUCAAAAGCAAUCUCUGAGGAUACAUCUUCUGUCCAUCCAUAUCCUAACGAUGGAGCUACUGUUAGCAUGGAUCUGCAGAAUCAUGAUCCUAAAAAUUGGUCGUAUUUUCAGCAGCUAGCUGAGCAACAGUUUAUCCAAAGAGAUGUUGCGAGUAUAGAUGGUAUUUCAACAAACCUUGCGGAUCCUCAGUUGACUUUAGGUCGAGAUUAUGGGGAUGAUUUUUCUGAAAGGAACGGGGUUGACACUAGCACUAUUCUCCCUACUCCAGAGGAUGAUCAGAUGAAGGUCACAGAGAGCGAAGAAUUUGGUGCUAUGGUGGAGAACUUGAGGGCGCCAGAUUCUGAACCAAAGGAUAAAAAGACAGAAACAAGGCAUGCUGCACUUCCUCCACUUGGAUCAGAGUCUGACUACGAUGGCUUGCAGAUCAUUAAGAAUGAAGAUCUUGAGGAGUUGAAAGAGCUUGGUUCUGGUACUUUUGGAACGGUGUAUCAUGGAAAAUGGAGAGGAUCAGAUGUCGCUAUCAAGAGGAUCAAGAAGAGUUGCUUUUCUGGGCGGUCAUCAGAGCAAGAGAGACUGACUGGUGAAUUCUGGGGGGAGGCUGAUAUUCUUUCAAAACUCCAUCACCCGAAUGUGGUAGCAUUUUAUGGUGUUGUAAAAGACGGACCUGGGGGUACAUUGGCGACCGUGACAGAGUACAUGGUUGAUGGUUCUCUAAGGCAUGUUCUUGUCCGCAGAGACAGGCAUCUUGAUCGUCGUAAGAGACUUAUCAUUGCCAUGGAUGCUGCAUUUGGAAUGGAAUAUUUGCACUCCAAAAAUAUUGUUCACUUCGAUUUAAAAUGUGACAAUUUGCUUGUGAACUUGAAAGAUCCAUCUCGUCCAAUCUGCAAGGUUGGUGACUUUGGGUUGUCAAAAAUCAAGAGAAAUACAUUGGUAUCUGGUGGCGUACGUGGAACCUUGCCAUGGAUGGCACCGGAGCUUCUAAAUGGAAGCAGCAGCAAAGUUUCAGAGAAGGUUGAUGUUUUCUCUUUUGGUAUUGUUCUGUGGGAGAUUCUGACCGGGGAGGAACCAUAUGCCAAUAUGCACUAUGGGGCUAUUAUAGGUGGGAUAGUGAACAAUACACUGAGGCCAACCAUACCAGCCUUUUGUGACGAUGAAUGGAGGACACUAAUGGAGGAAUGUUGGGCGCCGAAUCCAACGGCAAGACCAUCUUUCACUGAGAUAGCUGGUCGCUUACGAGUGAUGUCAUCUGCAGCGACCCAAUCCAAGCCACCAACCCACAGAGCUUCAAGAUGAAAGAACUCUUCUUUUCAUUAUGUGCAGUGAAAAAGUCAAAGUUUACAAUUCUUUUUUAUUUUUUCUUCACUUUAUAUUCUUCAGUGUUUGAGGAGAGAUAUAUCUCUUAGACUCCUUUCUUUGUUAUCUUUUGACACAGAAAAAAACUAGAAAAAAUGAAAAAUAAAUUUAUAUCA